CAAAAGUUUUCUACGACUUAGUUCACUUCGCCCCUCCCCGGCCACCGACAGGCAUUUAUAGCCCGCAAAAAAGGACUUGAGCCCGUAGUGAAGCACUUUUGGCUCAUCGCUUCUCCGGGGGAGGAAUCACACCCAUCUACUACUCAUCAACAUCCCGAACUCUCCCCUCUCUUUUGCCUUCGUCGGUCCGAAAGUUCGCCGACUCUUUUCAAGCAACUUUUAAGCUUUCCCCUUCAACUAAAUAGCAGUCGUGGCACAAACCAGCGCUCGUCGCAGUGCAGCCCACUCGUUCCUCCAUGAAAGAAGGAGUGCACCAGCAAAUUUGGGGAAACGACAUGUCUGCGAGCGUCUUAUCCGCUUUCUACGACAUGGACAUGCUUUACAAGGAUAAAAGCACGAACAUGAACGCCCUCCACAUCAACAGUAUGCUGGACAAGAAGGCGGUCGGAGCCCCGGUCACUUCCGCGGGCUCCGGUGGCCCCUUCACGCCGGGAUUUUUCCGGCGAAACUCCACCAGCAACGUGGAGGCGACAAACAACGGCAACAAGUACCCCGUGAGUUCCUGUUACAGCAGCCUGAAGGAAAACACGCCGAGCGGAACGACCACUCUUAUGAACAAGGAAAACAAGUUCCGCGACCGCGCUUACAGCGAGAGCGGAGAGCGGUCCGUGCUCCAGCAGAAGGCCGGCUCUCAGAUCAACUCUACCCGCUACAAGACCGAGCUGUGCCGGCCCUUCGAGGAGAACGGCUCGUGCAAAUACGGCGAGAAAUGCCAGUUCGCUCACGGCUACCACGAGCUGAGGAGCUUGUCCCGCCACCCUAAGUACAAAACGGAGCCGUGUCGCACGUUCCACACCAUCGGUUUCUGCCCUUACGGUCCCCGGUGUCACUUUAUCCAUAACGCCGACGAGCGCCGGCCCGCUCCGGCUUCCAACGCCAACGUGCAGGCGGGGGAGGGCCCCCGCGGCUACGGCCAAAGGGACAUCCUCCCCCCGCAGCAGCAGCUCUGCUACACCCAGAGAGACAGACCAAAGCUUCACCACAGCCUUAGCUUCUCCGGCUUCUCCAGUCACCACGGACUGGACUCCCCGUUGCUGGAAAGCCCCACGUCGCGGACCCCACCCCCGCCCGCUUCCUCGUGCAUGUCCUCCUCCAGCUUCUACGACGACGUGCUGUCGCCGAACUCCGUGUCUUGCAUCAACGGUGCCUUUAAUUUCCCCGGGCAAGAUUUAAAGACUUUACUAGCCCCGCUGGCCGUGCACACCUCCGGCGGCUACUCCAACAACCACUCAGCCGGCGGCGCCCACUACGGCGGCGUGCAGGGCGGCAUGUGCCCCCCGUCCCCGCCCACGUACAACAUGAGCCACUUGCAGGCGCUGCGCCGUCUGAGCGAGUCGCCGGUGUUCGAGCCUCCUCCCAGCCCGCCAGACUCACUCUCAGACCGGGAGAGCUACGCCAGCGGGUCCCUCAGCUCCUCCGGGAGCCUCAGUGGCUCCGAGUCCCCCAGUCUGGACGCUGGGAGACGUUUGCCAAUCUUCAGCAGGCUGUCGAUUUCAGACGACUGAGCGUGUUUUUUUUUUUUUUUUCCUAUUUUUACUUUAUUUUUUUGAUGUAGAGGAUUAUGUCAGCAACUUCCAACCCUGCCUUUGAGCAGCCGGACAAUGAAUCUCUACCAGCUGAAAGGGUGGUUACCCUGCUCAGACCUCCCUGGUGGGGGGCAAGUGAGGAAAGUUCCACCCACGGGGAUCAAUAAUUGUCCUUGACCUGGCAUUAGAUUACUAUGAGUUUUUUUUUAUUUUUUUCUGUAAUAUAGCUGUAUUAAAAGUUUAGAUAGCAAACAGAAGGCAUUCCAUCAGUGCCUUGCCCAAGGGCUCAUGGCAGCCCAUCUUCCCUGUUUUGUUUGUUUUUUUUGCUCUAUCAGGCGAGUCACACUUUUCCUGGGAUUAGAUGACUUGACAAAACAACAGACUAUAGAAGCGAGUCGAUUUCCUCCCAUCCUGCCAAGAAUAUGCCUCGACUCAAAGUAACUUUUUUUUUUUUCUUUUUCCCAAAACUGCUUGUUUUUUUUUUCCCUCUGAA